CCAACUCUCAUAAUGCCAACCUCACCUUCUCCACCACUAUCCUACACACAACCCGCAUCUCUCGAGGCCUUCGCCUCUACUCCAGAUGUCUUCCGAGCUGCCCACCCCCCAAUUGAGCACCUCAUAGCUGGCGCCCUAGUCACCAAUCCCCAAGGUCAAGUCCUUCUUCUCCGCCGCGCAGCUCACGACUCCUGGCCUCUGCUAUGGGAAGUCCCCGGUGGUUGUGUCGAUGACUCAGACCAUGGCCUCGUUGCUGCAGCAGUGCGUGAACUCUGGGAAGAAGCCGGACUACGCGCAAAGGCCGUAAAAGCCGUGGUAGGAAUUGCACCUAUCACAGAGCCGAUGCCUGAUGAUCCUCUAGAGAAGGACUUGGAGGUUCUGUAUGACAUGCUUGUGUUUCGUGCAGAUGAUGGAGUCUGGGGAAAGUUGACAGUCUGGGUCGAGGUGGAGAGCUGUGACGAAGUCAAGAUCGAUGAGAAUGAACAUGUCGAGUUUGCAUGGGUGACAGAGGAAGAAGCACUGCAGAAUAAGUUCAAGGAUGGCAAGAAGUUGGAGUUCGUAAGCGAGGGAGUGAAGAGGAACGUCCUCGAAGGCUUCAGGCUGUGGAAAGAGGAAAGCGAGGCAAGCAGAUAAGCCAAAGUGGCCAGCAACAAGAAUCAUCAGCGGUAAUGAAAGGGAUCAGCAUGAGAGGAGACUUCAUGUGCUCAUUACUCGUCUAUAGUCACACACACACAGUCCUCACCCCUUCUAAAAGCAUCAAAAACAACCACCGAGACCUCAUUGAGAAACCAGCAAAGACACACAAAAGACACCACACCGCACCACACCGAUCGGAGAUAAAAUAAAUAACAGGACAUUUCAUUGAUCCCAUGAACCGCCUAGCAUACAGAUCCGAGUUCAUAUC